AUGACGUCUACGGGAGGGAACAUAUGGAACUCCAUUAGCUUCUACAAGGCGUACUUGCCACCCGCCGAGGCCAAAAGGACCAUGCAGUACGUCGUGUUGGCGCUGGAGGAAGGCCGUGGCGGGGAGCUUGCGGACUCUGUGGACUCACCACUUGCUACGCCGUCGCCUCUGAGGUCGAGCACGCCACCGCCAGAUAAGUUGCCUCGGCCAUUUGACCUAUCUAAUGGGUUUCCUGCUACCCGACGAGACUCUGAUGCACGCACUGCCUCAUCUACUGAAAACAAUGCGGGGGCUCGUAUGCAGAAGCCGCUUCGUUUCUUUCUUUGCAAGAAGGAGGAUGUGGCGCCACCGGAACUGAAGCAGAUGCUUGGCAAGGUGAAUUAUUGCUUUAUGCUGUGUGCGAGAAGUCUUCAUGGAAGACCAUGUAAUUGCCAUAAGGCCCAUCUUUUGAACGUUUCCGUCUGGCGGCUGGAGCUGAGCGCCUUUGAUCUGAAAAAAUUCUAUAUCUCGAGUGGCUUUUAUGUGCAUUGUGUAAAUACUGAGCAGAUACGACCCACAGCUGGGUUUUUAUUUGCGGCUGGGCUUCUUCACGAGGGUGUCAUUGAAGCUGCGCAGCCCAUCGUCUGCCGCCACAAUGAAAGAUGCCGAUACGGUUCACGCUGCCUUUUCGUCCAUGCCGAUAUUAGAACGGAGGAGCGAACUUCAAUGCUGGCAUCAUGGCCGUUGAAGCACAUCCUCAAGGCACAAUCUUGCUUGCCUCUGUUUUUAUCCCAAUUAGAUGAAUUGGGGCUGCGUACGGUAGGCGAUGUGCAACAGUUGAGUAGCAAUGCCUUUGAUGCCAUUGUCGCUAGGAGUGACCCUCGUUGGCUCGUUCAGUGGUUGAACAUUGCCCUCGUCCGCGAUAUUCAGGCGCGACAUCCGCUGCAGGAGGUUCUUGCCACUUUCCCAGAUAUUCCCACACCGGUGUCGCUGCCAGCCUGUUUGACGAAUGUCUCGUCACUGAUCGGACUCUCUUCCAAGGAGUUCUAUUCAUUGGUCCUGCCUGUGAAGGUUCAGGCGGCAUGUGAGCAACUCCGUGCUCGAUUUGAGCCUGACCGGAACUGUAACAUACUGGAUCUCAAGAAGGAGCCUGCAGGCUCCUUUAUUUCAACAGUGUGCCCUAUCAUCAUGUCUUUUCGUCAAAAGCACGCUCAUGUUAGCUGGCGCAAAAAGGACCCUAAUAGGCCUGUGGUGACAUCGUUGAUAACAUAUGUUGAUCCUGAGGGGUGCCACUGCCAGGUGAACGCUGGCCAGCGUGCGCGGUCCCCGGCGUUGAUGAGUUCUAAUGGCCGGGAAAGGCAGGGGAAGCAUCCAAGCAAUACAUGGUGCACCUGCAACAGAUCCUACGUGAUAGCAGUAAACUAUGAACUUAGUACACCUAGCGGAUCACGGUGUUCUGAACAGAACGCCUUGGGCAAACUUGCAUCUAUGGGGCUUCCAACCUGUGCCAUACGCGAGGUUUUUGUCCACGGCGAAAACCUGGGCGCCCAAACGGAUCCCAAUCCGUUGUUUCCAUGUGGUGUGUGUGAGAAUAUGCUGCGCAAGGUCACCCGUGACGUGUAUGACACAUACGGAGGGGAUGUGGUUUUGUACAUGUUUGAUUCCACUGUGAACCCCAAAAAACUUGUCUACCUUCCCAUCAAUGAGAUAUCGUAUCGUGAUGGGAGAAAUUUUAGUAAGUUCAUUGCAGAUUUGCGGGAGGAGUAA